CGUUCCGGCUUUGGCUCUACUCAAUUGCCACAAUGUAUGGAUCAGGGAUAUUUAUCCUCCUGCUCCUGAAUUUUGGAGCUGCCGAGGCCAUGGCUGAGGGUGGAUUGUGUUAUAUCCUUGAUGGGGUUUUGAUUCUCUAUGGCAUUGUGCUGACGAUCCUCUACUGCAGACUGAGGAUGCGUUCUGGAAAUAAUGAGAAAAAUGAAGAGAAUCCAGAUGGCAUCUACCAGGGUUUGAAGCAUAAGAAUCAGGACACCUAUGAGACACUCCAUGUGAAGAAGGAACCUUUGGCAUAAUUGUCUGACAUUUUAAUCUGUUUUCUGAUUUACAACAACUCUGCCUGUCUACUAACCGUUUCCUUUCUGUUAAAUUCAUGUACAUCUGUUUUAUGUUUUGAUUACUAACACAUUUUAUUUUUACAUUUGGUUAUACAGCUUGCUUUUCACCAUUUGCUGUUUUUAUUAUUUUUAUUAUUAUUAUUAUUUGUAACCAUUUUACAUAAUUACCAAAUUGCAUAACUUACUAAGGACUGAAUGUAAAUGUAUUUUUUUUUAAUUUUAUAUUUUAUAUAAUUUGAUUAUAGGUUAAUCGCUAUAUAAUUAUGAUCUAGCAGACAUAAUUAUAUAAUUAUGUCAAUUAUAAUCAAAACACACUGCUAUUAAAUAUUAUUACUUUGCUUUA